AUGAAGAAGCUCAGAAACACCUCUGCUAACAUUAUGGAGUCCCUGGACGAAGCAACAAGGGAAUCUUUGGUGGAAUCCCUAUUCCCGACGGUAGACACAGGCCCCCGGGAGGCGUGGGUUGACUUCCGCUGGGAUGAGGACUGGGAUGUUUCCCCCAUCGAGGUUAGUAAGGUUCUGAAGCGGAGAGGGAUUGGCAAUACAGCACCAGGCCUGUAUGCGAAUGUGCUCCUCUCCAUCCUUAUGUACGGGGCUCCCAUUUGGAGCAAGGCUCUAGCCCUGCGUAGGAACCAAAAUUUAUUUAAUAGGUUGCAAAGAUCCAUUGCAAUCAGGAUGAUCUCGGGAUACAGGACGGUUUCGAUGGAAGCGGCGGCAAUUUUAUCCAGGAUCCCUCCGGUUUAUAUAAUUGCGGAUUCCCGUAGGAGAGUCUAUGAACGGGUUAGGGAUCUGAAACUAACCAUGGACUGGUCUAGAGAGGAGGAGUGCGAGAUUAGAUUGGAAGAGGAAAUUCUAGUCAGAAGGCAAUGGGAUCUACAUCUGCGAAGCCCGAAUCUAGCUGGAGCACGGACAAGGGAAGCCAUUUUGCCCAACUUUCACGAAUGGCUUAAUAGAAGGCAUGGCAGCAUGGCGUUUCAUCUAACCCAGCUGCUCACGGGUCACGGGUGUUUUGGUACUUAUCUGUAUAGAAUUAACAAAGUUGCAAGCCCGGCCUGUGAGCACUGCGAGGAUGACCUAGAAGACUCCGCCGAACACACCCUGAAGGUCUGCAGGGCAUGGCAGGCGGAGAGAGAGUCUCUUAAGGCUAUCAUUGGUGGUGAUUUGUCCCUAGGGUCGGUGAUUGGGGAAAUGUGUAGGAGUAGAGAGGCGUGGACAGCCAUGACGCAGUUUGCCGAAACUGUGAUGUUGGCGAAAGAGGAGGCGGAGAGAAGGCGACAAGAGCAAGAGCAGGGGAUCGAUGACAGCGAGCAAUCCAGCUGA